AUGCUAGUGCGAAUGCGAGUGGAGGGAAGGCCGAAUUUCUACUGGACGCCGGGCGAGCGAGGCUUCGUGGAGUCGGCCUUUUUCUAUGGCUAUAUGAUAACUCAGAUCCCUGGGGGAGCGAUCGCCACCAUUUUUCCUGCCAACCGCCUCUUUGGCAUUGCGGUGGGCGGCAGCGCGCUCUGCAAUCUCAUUGUGCCGAUAGCCUGUCGCGGCUCCUAUGGCGUUGUCGCAUUCAUUCGUGUGCUUCAGGGACUUGUUGAGCCUGCUAUUCUCCAUUGGCUUCAGGGCGUCUCGUAUCCUGCGUGCCACGGCAUCUGGCGCUACUGGGCGCCGCCUAUUGAGCGCUCCCGACUGGCCACCAUCGCCUUCUGCGGUGUGUCCUCUGCUGCCCUCUCACCUUCUUUUACUCUCAUUGGGCAUAGAACUAUCGCCCAACAUUUUAUUAACACUAGCUGCAAGCAUUCACCACUAACUCGAGCAUCUACCUACAGUUCAGAAAGAUCCUACGCCGGUGCCGUGAUGGGUCUAUUUGUAUCAGGUAUCUUUGCGCAAUACUUGGGCUGGCAGUCUCCCUUCUACCUUUACGCCAUUCUGGGAAUGGUGUGGUUUGCAGUGUUUUGGAAAACCUCCUACGAGAAGCCAUCCACACAUCCAAAAAUCUCAGCAGAAGAGCGCGACUACAUUGAGGAGUCCAUCGGUGAGGUUGACCUCCCACCAAGUCUAAAAUCCAUUCCAUGGAAGUCAAUCUUCACCUCCAUGCCGGUCUACGCCAUAAUUGUCGCCAACAUUGCUCGGAGCUGGUCUUUCUUUCUACUAAUCAUGAAAUGUCCAAAAUAUCUGAAACAAGUGUUCGAAUGCUCUACUGCUGAAUCAGGUGUCCUCUCUUCCGUGCCCCACCUGAUAAUGGCCAUCAUCGUCCCCAUCAGCGGUCAGCUGGCGGACAGGCUGCGUAAGCGGACGCUCACCACAACGGCCGUUCGGAAGAUCUUCAACUGCGGUGGCUUCGGAAUGGAGGCUUUCUUCCUGUUGAUUGUGGCUUUUGCGAAUUCUUACACCACAGCAAUGGCUUCCCUCAUCCUGGCUGUCUCAUUUAGCGGCUUUGCCAUUUCAGGAUACAACGUGAACCAUCUCGACAUCGCACCAAGAUACGCAAGUAUUUUGAUGGGCCUUUCUAAUGGCAUCGGCACCAUCUCCGGCAUUCUUUGUCCCGUAAUUGUGGAGUACAUAACCACUCAAGGGACAAAGCGUCAGUGGAUGUGGGUCUUCAUCAUGGCUAGCUCUGUCCACUUCUUUGGUGUCACUUUCUACGCGAUCUUUGCAUCCGGUGAGAAGCAGCACUGGGCGGAAGUUGCAGAGGAUGCGCAAAUAAUGGACUGGAAGUCACCGACUGACGUUCCAGAGAACAUAGUUCAAUCCGGUUACGACUAUGGAAAUGAGGAAGGAGGUAAUCUGGAGGCAUCCCUGCGACAACCACUAAAAGAAAAUGCCCCGAGAAGCAGUAAUGUCCACAAUGACAAUCCGUCAAGGUCCUACAUGACACAGACGUUUAGGGCGAUCCCACAUUUGGCAGCAGAAGACGGUUUCGGACCUUCUACUGAACGAUUGUUUUCAAAAGAUAUUCAAUUUAAAUCCAGCACAAUGGCCAAGUCCAAGCUGCAGAUCUCGAAACAACGCAAAAAUGAGAAAGAAGUGAAGGCUGGAAAAACGAAGGCAAAGGUUAACUUCAGGGAGAGGAUCCUGACAAAGCAACUAAGGGCGUUAGGUAAGGUUGGAGGCGUGAUUGACAAACGUGUUGGCACAAAGGACUCAUCAAUUCCGUCAUCCGAUGCUGCCUUGCGUCGGCACAUUAUUGAAAAGUUGCGUCAAAUGGAUACGCUGGGUACAAUAUCAGUGGACGAUGACUUGUUCAGUAAAGCAGCGAUGGGUGCUCAGAAGACCGGCAAACACGCUUCCUUUGAUGAUGACUCGGGAGGUCUUUCUGCUGAUAUUGUGGAGAACGAGUUGUUCGCUGGUGGCCUAAUAACUGCUGUGGAAUCGGGCGAGAGCGGUCGGCAGAGCAAGAACGAUAGUCUGUUGGAGAGGAUUGCCCAGACCAAGGAGGAGCGGUUGAAGCGUGUAGAGGAGAAUGAGGUUAACCGUCAGAAGCUCAAAAAUGCAGACUCCGAGUGGGCGGAUAAGGUCCGCUUUAUGCUAGCCGAACUCAGCAAACUCAAACCAAAGAAUGCUAAAGCUGCAGAGAAAAUGGAAAAGGGUCGUUCUGAAGUUUUGCGACUGCUGCAAGGCUUUUCUUCGGGCAAGACCGUCGCCCCCAUCGGUGUCAAGGUCGAAAGUGAGGUAAUGAAGAACAAUCGACUGCUCGUGAACCUCGAAUCUAUUGUUGCGAGAAGAGUUGGAGAAGAAAACUCGUCAAUGGACACCUCAGAACACCCGAAGACAGAGGAUGUUUUACUUCGUCUUCUGUGUAGCAUCAGAUCUUGCGAGCCGAUCAUGGUAUCUUGGAUCGCUGGAGAAUUGCGGAGCCUCAUAGUAACUCAACUUUCAGACGUUGUGCGUGGUCUUUUGCUCACUCAGAUCCUCCUGAUGGAUGUCAUUUUAAGGAAACUAGAGAGAGAAGAUGGGCAGAGCAUAAAGCUUUCUAAACGCGCUUGUCUGAAUGGAGUUUUCGUCCCUGAAGCCAUACGUUUCCUCUCACGUCUUAUCAAUGAAGUUGACAGGGAAAAUGGGGUUCUCUUUAUCUCCGAGGAUGCGUCUUCCGUAGAACAGUCAGUCUACAGCAGUCUCGAUACUCGUGUGGCUCUGAGACAAAGGCCCAUUCCCGAGAAUGAGGUAGCAGCAUAUCGCCUGGGCUGCCUGGAUAAGUGUCUUUCUCUAACCAACUCCUUCCUCGAAGUCUACACUACUCAUCUCCCAGCGCCUGCAGUCUGUCAGGCCUUUUCUGGCCUCUCACUUGAUCGCCUAAGUACCGAUCGUUUGCCCGCGGGCAUUGAGAUGAAAGCUCAACAACUGCGCGAGAGGGUGGACGAGUUGAGGGCGCAGCCGCGGCCGGAGGGCAUUGGCCCUGCGGACAAGAUCGCGUUGCUGCUGGCCGACAAGAACGCUACGCCUCAAGCUCUGCAGAAGGCAGGGCUUGUGCCUCAGCUGGAGCCCGACUUUGAGCAGAAACUGGACGCUAGAAGACCCAAGAAGAAACCUACGAAUGUGAAGUUGAGGCAGAAACUGGCGAAGGAGAGGCGGGACACCGUUCGUGAGCUGCGGAGGGAUGCCCAGUUUCUUGCCAACUACGAUAGGAAGAAGACUAAGGCGGGUGACGAACUACGGAAAAGGAAGACACAGGCAAUUAUUGCAUCCAUGCGCAGCAUUGAAUGA